AUGCAAAUCGAGUAUACGCAUUUCGGAGGUCCAGCGGAAUAUGUGAUUCACGCUAUCAAGGCCAAUUUGACGGGGUCGCUUUACUGGACCCCCUUCAAAGUCCACGACAAAGUCCUCCGCCUAAUCGCCACCAACAACGCCCGCGUCUUCCAAGGCACAACCGCCUCCCUCGACGAAGAAUGGCUCGCCGCAUCCACCGGCUACGUCCUCGCCUGCUUCGACUGCAUCCGCGCCCUCAAACAAUGGCACCCGUACCUCCGCCCCCUCGUAUACCGCUUCAUCCCCGAGCGCGCAGCCAUAAAAGACCAAUGGGCCAAGGGGCGCAAGCGCGUAAUGGCUUCUAUGCGUGAGAGACAAGAAAAAGGUGGGAACUUGGAGGAUCCGCCUACGAUGUUGGAUCAUUUGAGUAACGGGAGGAAUGAGCAUAUUAGGGAUGAUGUUGAGCUGCAGUUAUUGCAUCAGAUGACACUGAUUGCUGUUGGGACUGUAACUACGUUUUCGUCAACGACGCAGGCGAUUUAUGAUCUUGUGGCGCAUCCGGAGUAUAUACCUAUUUUGCGGGAGGAGGUUGAGAGUGUGCCUAGGGAUGAGAAUGGGAAUUUUACGAAGGAGUCGACGGUGGCUAUGGAUAAGCUUGACAGCUUUCUCAAAGAGAGUCAGCGCUUUAAUUCGCCCGAUCUUACAACCUUCCAACGCGCAGCCAUCGCAGACAUGACCCUCCCAGACGGCACAUUCGUUCCCAAAGGCACCAAGCUCGAAAUCAACACUUGCUCAAUCCACAAGGACCACGAGUUAUAUGAAAAUCCUGAGGAGUUUAAUGGUCUGCGCUUUCAUGAAUGGCGCAAAGAACCUGGCAAGGAAAAGAAGUACAUGUACUCCAGCAGCGGGACGGAUGAUCUGUCGUGGGGCUUCGGACGACAUGCGUGCCCGGGGAGAUAUCUUAGCGCCAUCAACAUCAAGCUCAUCAUGGCCGAGCUGUUGAUAAACUAUGAUAUCAAACUGCCUGAUGGUGUGAGUCGACCUGAGAAUAUCGAGUUUGAAGUAUUGUGCUCCCCUGAACCGGAUUUCGAGAUCCUUUUCAAGGAUAGGAAUCAUUAG